AUGGGUAACUGCACGAAAGCCCUAGAACUUUAUAAAAAAGCACUCCAAAUAAGAGAAAACUCUCUUCUUCCAAGUCAUCCGGAUAUGGCUACUUCUUACAACAAUAUCGGUUCGCUUCAUGAAAAAAUUGGUGACUACCCGGAAGCUAUUGAAUUUCUCGAGAGAGCGUGUAAAAUACGAGAGCAGUCUCUCCCUCAGAAUCAUCCUGAUUUGGCUACUUCUUACAAUAACAUCGGUUCAUUUUAUGAGAAGACUGGUGACUAUCGGAAAGCUUUUGAAUCUCAUGAGAGAGCGCUUAAUAUACGAGAACAAUCUCUUUCUCGGAAUCAUCCAGAUUUGGCUAUUUCUUACACCAACAUUGGGUUGUAUUAUGAGAAGAUAGGUGAUUAUUUGAAGGCAAUUGACUUCUACGAAAAAGCACUUAAAAUAAGAAAACAUGCGUCUUUGGUGAAUUAUCCGGAUUUGGCUGCUUCUUACGAUAACAUUGGUGAGCUUUAUGAGAAGAUUGGUGACUACGCAAAAGCGAUGGGUUUCCACGAGAAAGCACUUGUUAUUCGACAACAGUCUCGAGCUCCAAAUGCUUCAAAUUUGGCCUCCGACUCGAAUAAGAUUGGUUAA